CGUGAAAUAGGUAAUUUUCUGCAGAACUUUUCAGCAGCACGGUGAAUCCAAGUCGUGGGGCCAACCGGAGCGAUUGGGAAGUGUUGGCUAAUGUGUUAAAAGGGUGGAGCUGGCGGACCAUGUUCAUCUCGGCCGGUUGAUAAGUCCCAGGCCGGAUUAGUCUACUCAACCGUCAAAUGGGAGAAACGGAGCCGAGACGGCGGACAUCUCCGCUGAAGAACCUGGUGGCCGGCGGGGUCGGCGGAGCCUGUCUUCUGCUAGCGGGACAUCCGCUAGACACGAUUAAGGUCUGUCUACAGACCCAACCCAGAGGGACCUGCAGCCAGAAUGUCAUGUAUAGGGGAACGUAUGACUGCUUUCUUAAGACAGUGUCCAGAGAGGUACUCAAAUGGCACAAUGCUCCCCCCAUCCGGCCACCGGCUCACUUUGCUCCACGUAGAAACUGGGUUCAUUGGCUUCUGCUCUGUAUCCCUCAGGGGCUUCUGGGCCUCUACAAGGGCAUGGCAGCCCCCCUGGCUGGUGUGACCCCCAUGAUGGCCAUCAGCUUCUUUGGCUUCAGCCUCGGGAAGCAGCUGCAGCAGCCAGACCCCAACAAUCCGCUCACGCAUACCCAGAUAUAUCUGGCUGGGAUGUUGGCCGGCACCUUCACGACUGUUAUUGUGGCUCCGGGGGAGAGAAUCAAGUGUUUACUGCAGGUACAGUCUUCAGCAGGGAAGCGGAAGUAUACCGGCCCAGUGGACUGCGUGAUACAGCUUUUUAAGGAACGCGGCAUUCGUAGUAUCUACAAGGGAACCAUGCUCACACUUAUCAGAGAUGUGCCUUCCACUGGUUUGUACUUCCUGACUUACGAGUACUUGAAGAAGUUCCUGACUCCUGAAGGCCGAAGUGUGAAUGAGCUGAGCACGCCACAAAUCCUUUUGGCCGGUGGUGUGGCUGGAAUUUUCAACUGGCUGGUAGCUCUUCCACCAGAUGUCCUGAAGUCCAACUUCCAAACAGCUACAGAUGGUCAAUACAGGGGUCUGCGAGAUGUUCUCCGGAAGCUGAUUCAAGAGGAGGGUGCAUCUGCGCUCUAUAAAGGCUUCAACGCUGUGAUGCUGAGAGCUUUCCCCGCCAAUGCGGCAUGUUUUCUGGGUUAUGAAGUGGCCAUGAAGUUCUUGAACUGGGCAGUUCCAGACUUAUAGUGAGCAUGGACCUCAGCACUGGGACCACAAUCAUUGAGCCAAAUAAGGAGAUGAUGGACUUUCAUGUUAUAAAACAAUUCUGUUAUAUCCCAGCAGUGUUUACAUUUUUGUGAAAUGAAAAAUAUAACAUUUUUUUAUGGUGUAUGCAAAAGUAUGUGCUCACUGAAAAAUGUGGGAACCAUUCAUAUACUAUGGUGAGAAAUAAAUAUUUUGUAAUUCACAAAUACUAAACAUAACAUUAUACAACAGUAUUUCCCCACUUUAUUACACAUGUUAUAAUUUUUGAAAAUAAUUUAUAAUAAAUAAAUUUUGUAAUUUCUUUUAUUACGCACAUGAGAUUUUUUUCAGUAGGCAACACGUGUCAUUUCCUACUUGCCCUCUUAUUUUCCUUGGUCAUAAUUAAGUGAAACGAAAAUGAGUGUUUUUUAUUUAUUAUUUCGAAAACCAGUUAGUUGCACCGAUACAAAUAAAGUUUAUUAUUGUUUUUUA